AUGGAGCCCCCGCAGCCGACGAGCUUCCACUUCCCCGCGGCUCCCCCGCCAGUGCCGGGCAAAGCCCCGAGGCCGAGCGGCACCAGCAUCUCGCUGUGGACGGUGGUGGCGGCCGUGCAGGCGGUGGAGCGGAGCGUGGACGCCCACGCCUCGCGGCUGCUCAACCUGGAACGACGGACGGUGACCACCGAGAAGAAGUACUUCGACUGCGAGAAAACGGUGGUGGAUUUCGGGAACCAGCUGGAGAGCAAGUUGGCCGUGCUGGGCACCCUCAUCCAGGAGUACGGGCAGCUCCAGCGGCGCCUGGAGAACAUGGAGAACCUGCUGAAGAACGGGAACUUCUGGAUCCUGCAGCUGCCCCCCAGGAGCGAGGCCCCCCAGGCCCCGGCAGCGUUCAAAAGCGACUCCGCUUACUUUUCUACGCAAGAGUGGGAGAAUCUGGAGGAGUGGCAGAGGGAGCUGUACAAAACCGUGCUGAGAGGGAAGGACGAAUCUCUCAUCUCUCUGGAUUACGCAAUCUCCAAACCUGACCUCCUGUCCCGGCUUCAGAGAGGAGAAGCGCCCUGCGAUGGGGACAAGGCGGCUCCAAAAGAGAUUCCAGCAGAAUCAAGUGCAGACUAUGGCAUUCCAGAGCCGAGCUUCGCUGGCGUUGUGAAGCAAGAGGAAGAGCUGUGUGCGGAGGACCGGGGAGCCACGGAGGAUGCAGAGUUUACCGAGCUCAGCGUGGUUCCAGCAGAUGAGGUGAUAACGUUCAAAAUAGAGCAGCUGGACUCUGAGGAGUGCCCCCAAAGCUCAGAGCCCCCCGCGACUUCAUCCAGGGAGUCGGAGGAGCUGGUUUUCCAGGGUCCCAGCGGGGCGCUGCCCUUUGAUAGUCAGUACAGCUCUCCUGUGCAGCAGAGAAACCAGAGCAUGAGCAGGCUGGUGCCAUCCACUCCGAGGGAAGAGGGUCUCAGUGAAAGCAUUGCUGUCACAUUUUACGGGCAAAAUUGUCCCAACAAGAAACCUCACUCAUGUACUGCAUGUGGGAAGGGCUUCUGUCUGAAGAAGAUACUGACGACUCACCAGGACAGCCACGGCACACAAUGCAGCAGUGAGCAUGCUGGAGACGAGGAGGGCUUCCUCCAUCAGCAGCACCGGCGGACCCAUGUGGAAGAAAGGACUCACGUGGAAGAGAGGAUCCACGUGGCCACAGAGACGUUCAAGCAGAGUGAGAAUGCAAAAGCCCACGCCAGCGUCCCGGCCACGGACAAGGUGUACAGCAAUCCCAGGUGCAUGAAAAGCAUCAACACCAACGGCAGCUACAAGCCGAGUCAGAGGGGCCACCUGCGGGGGAGGCGUUACAAGUGCGACAAGUGUCAGGAGUGCUUCUCCCAAAAGAAAACCCUCAUCAUCCACCGGCGUAUGCACUCGGGCCGGAGCGGAGGGGUCCUUUGGUGCUCGUACUGUGGGAAGAGCUUCAGCCACCCCUCCAAUCUGAUUCGGCAUCAGAGGAUCCACACGGGGGAGAGGCCGUACCAAUGCAACGAGUGCCCAAAGCGCUUUACCCAGAAGCAGCACCUCCUCCAGCACGAGAAGAUCCACCUGCGCGAGAGGAACUGUGUGGUCACGCAGAGUGCGAGGAAGGCACCGCUACACAGCUUCUAG